GUAUAUGCUGUCUCCACUGACGGCAGUGGCAGCCUUCGCUGGAGUUUUCUCGCUUCCUUCCUUUCGCAAAGCCUAGCUAGAGCGCGAUAGAAGUGAUAGAAGUGAUAGGAGAGAGAGAGAGAUCGAAUGAGAAAGAGAGAGGGGAGAGCGUUUGCGUGAGUGAGAGGGACGAGAAAGAGAUGGACAAGAAGAACAGGGAUGAUGUGUCGUCAGGAAUCUUGUGCGCGGGCGUUCAAUGCAGAUUUUCCGUCGCCGAUCGCCGCCGCGGCGGCUAGGCGCUGCCGCCGAUGCUGCAUUCUAGGAGCUGGCGAGGUUUUGCUGCGAUCCGCGGGGAGCAUUUGGUUCUAGAGGCGAGCGCGGCCGAAAUUUCGUGGCGAUGGAUCCCGAGGUGUCGUCUGUCGGAGGCAACAGCUUCAUCGACCUCAAUCCUAAGAGCUACCGGAGGAAAUCCCUCAAGGCGGUGCUGCUCUUGGCGUACCAGAGCUUUGGUGUGGUCUAUGGAGAUUUGAGCACCUCUCCUCUCUAUGUGUACCGGAGCACAUUUUCGGGAAAGCUCCAGCUCCACGAGGACGACACGGAGGUUUUGGGGGUUCUCUCGUUCAUCCUUUACACCCUGACACUCAUUCCUUUACUCAAGUAUGUUCUCAUCGUACUCCGUGCUGAUGACAACGGCGAAGGUGGAACAUUCGCGUUAUAUUCACUGCUGUGCAGGCACGCAAAGUUAAGCCUCUUGCCAAAUCAACAGGCGGUUGACGAGGAGCUAUCGACUUACAAGCUCCAGAACGUCAGGGAGAGCUAUCGUGGGGCAAGGAUGAAAGGGCUCCUGGAAAGGCACAAGAGCCUCCGCAUUGCUUUGCUGCUAGUGGUUUUGCUGGGGACGUGCAUGGUGAUUGGUGACGGGGUUUUAACUCCCGCCAUCUCGGGUAAUAAGCUUUGCUUUUCCUCUUUUUUUUCAAUGCUGUCUGUAACUAAUGGACGGCUUUCAGUUCUAUCUUCUGUUUAUGGCAUCAAAGUGGCUGUCGAUGACCUCAACAAGCACGUAGUAGAACUGAUCGCCUGCCUCAUUUUGGUGGGGCUUUUCGCGCUGCAGCACCAUGGCACGCACAAGGUGGCAUUUAUGUUCGCUCCCAUAGUGCUGGCCUGGCUAUUCAGCAUCGGCGCCAUUGGAAUUUACAACAUCGCUCGCUGGAACCCUCACGUCGUCCGAGCUUUAUCCCCUUACUAUAUGUACAAGUAUUUCAAGAGAACCGGAUUCGAUGGCUGGAUAUCUAUGGGAGGAGUGCUGCUUUGCAUCACAGGCACAGAGGCCAUGUUUGCAGACUUGGGACACUUUUCUGAGCUGUCUAUCCAGAUUGCUUUUGGCUGUGUCGUUUAUCCUUGCCUGGUUUGUGCUUAUAUGGGCCAAGCCGCCUAUUUGUCUCGUAAUCACAGCGACAUUGAGGGCAGCUUCUACAAGUCGAUCCCAAAGCCUGUUUACUGGCCAGUUGUCGUCAUAGCAACACUUGCGUCAGUGGUGGGGAGCCAGGCAGUGAUCUCAGCAACCUUCUCAAUCAUCAAACAGUGCAUGUCCUUGGGCUGUUUUCCAAGGGUGAAAGUCGUCCACACAUCAAAAGACAUAUAUGGACAGAUCUACAUUCCCGAGGUUAAUUGGAUACUGCUCAUCCUCUGCCUGGCAGUCACUCUGGGCUUUAGAAGCACAAUUUUCAUCGGCCACGCUUAUGGACUUGCUGUCAUCACGGUCAUGUUUGUGACGACGUUCCUCAUGUCACUGGUGAUUGUGAUCGUAUGGAAGCGGAGCAUCAUCCUUGCCAUCAUCUUUUUCAUGUUCUUCGGCACGAUCGAGCUCAUGUACGUCUCAUCCGCGAUGCUCAAAGUACACGAAGGCGGCUGGGUGCCGCUGGCGUUAUCCGUGUUCUUCGUCGCGGUCAUGUACACUUGGCACUACGGCACGGCGAAAAAGUAUGACUUUGAUCUCCAGAACAAGGUCUCUAUGAAGUGGCUGCUCACUCUUGGGCCGAGCCUCGGCAUCGUCCGUGUCCCUGGGAUCGGGCUCAUCUACUCGGAGCUCGUCACUGGCGUCCCCGCGAUCUUCUCCCACUUCGUCACCAAUCUUCCGGCCUUCCACCAGGUGCUCAUCUUCGUGUGCAUCAAAUCGGUCCCAGUUCCCUACGUCCGGCCAGAGGAGAGGUAUCUCAUCGGCCGCAUCGGUCCCAAGGAGUACAGGAUGUUCCGGUGCAUCGUGCGCUAUGGCUACAAGGACGUCCACAAGGACGACAACGAUUUCGAGAACCAGCUUAUCUUCAACGUUGGCGAGUUCAUCCAAACCGAGGCGUCGAGCACUUGGGCCCCGUCGAGCAGCGACCACUCGUCCGUUGACGGGAGGAUGACGAUGAUGGGAUUGCCGCUCCAGUCCAGCAUCAAGAUGGUAACCUCGGGGCUGGAAGACAGUGACAAGCAGUCGAUCAGAUCUCUGUCCCUGGGCACGCCAGAGAUCGAAGCCUUGCAACCAAGGAGGGUGAGGUUCGAGCUGCCGAGGAGCCCGGAGCUGGAUCCAGACAUCCGGGCGGAGCUGACGGAGCUGUUUGAUGCCAAGAACUCGGGGGUGGCGUACAUGCUGGGGCACUCGUAUGUCAAGGCCAAGCGUUCCUCGUCCUUCAUGAAGAAGUUCGUUAUCGACGUUUGCUACAACUUUUUGAGAAAGAACUGCCGGGGACCGGCUGUAGCACUCGACAUUCCUCACAUUUGCCUCAUCGAGGUGGGAAUGAUUUACUACGUCUGAAAAAAAAAAACUUUGAAUCUCAAUGUAAAACCGAUUCAGAGUUUUUUCUUUUCUUUUAAAAAAGGUCUGAAAUCAAACUCCCAUGUCUGUAA